AUGGAGGACUGCCUACCCGGCGGCGCCAUCGUUUUUGCCACCGUCGGCGUCCAAUUGUAUGGCUUCGACGUCUUCUCCGUUCCCGUCGGAGCCGCUGCCGGCGACCGACCGCCGGAGACCCGCCAUACUGAUGGCGUCUCCGUAAAUUUCAACGGCCAGUUCCUCGAGGACGACGGCCCCCAGGGCGUGGCGUUCGUCUCCGAGAGGUCCGGCUCCGCCCGGCCUUUUCUCGCGCGGAUGGGCCGGCCGGAGCCGCUCCCCCACUUCCAGGCGAGCCUCCACCACGACCGCCCCGUGGUCCGCAACGGCGUGGUCUACCUCGCCUCCGCCCAUGAAUGGCCGGCGGGGGGCCUGUUCCGGAGCUGGUCGGCGGUGUACUCCGCUCCGGUCGAUCGGCCGGAUGCGGUGACGGAGAGACUUACUCCGGCGGGCAACGCCGACCUCAGCCCCGCCGUCUCCGCGUCCGGCGAGAUACUGGCUGUGGCCUCGUACGGUUCGAGCCACUGGAAGGGCGACUUCCACGAGCUGCAGACGGAGGUGGUCGUGUUCCGACGCUCCGACCCCGCCAGGCGCGUGCCCGUCUCGGGCGGCCGCGGUGGAUGGCCGGCCUGGUCCGGUGACUCCACGGUGUUCUUCCACCGCGUGGCGGAGGACGGCUGGUGGAGCGUGUUCCGGGUGGACAUCAUUUCGGAGCUCGACGUGGUCGGACCGCCGCGUCGUGUGACGCCGCCGGGGAUCCACGCGUUCACCCCGGCGGCCUCCCGCUAUGGGAACCGCAUCGCCGUCGCCACCCGCCGCCGGGAGUCCCAAUUCCGCCACAUCGAGCUCUUCGACCUCAAAACAGAGGAGUUCCUCCCCGUGACGGCUCUGGUCAACCCGGACUUCCACCACUACAACCCUUUCCUCUCAGACUCCGGCGACCGCCUCGGCUACCACCGGUUCAGGGGAGAGGCAGCCGCCGGUAGCGACUCCGUCGUCCCCCAUCUCUCCCCGGUGGCUAGCCCCGUGGCCGGGCUCAAGAUGGCUCGAGUGUAUGGCACCUUCCCUUCCUUUUCCCCCGCCGGCGACAUCAUCGCCAUUAACGGCGACUUCGAGUCCGGCCCCGGGUUGAUGAUCCUCAGCUCCGACGGGUCCCGGCGGUGGCCUCUCCUUCAGAAGUCCGCCGCCUUCCACACUUCCUGGAACCCCGCCGAGCGCGGAGUAAUCUACACCUCGUUAGGCCCCAUCUUUCGAGGUUCCGAAGUGACCGUCCACGUAGCCCGGAUCUCCUUCGACCCGGCCAGCCUUGAACAUGUCGCCGACGGCGAUCUAGUUCCCUCGGAGGUAAAAAUCCUUACCAGGGCGGACACCCGCAACAACGCUUUUCCUUCCUGCUCGCCGGACGGGAAGUGGGUGGUCUUCCGCUCCGGCCGCUCCGGCCGGAAGAACCUGUACAUUAUGGACGCCACCAAGGGGGAGACCGGCGGCGGAGAGAUCCGCCGGUUGACGGACGGCGAUUGGAUCGACACGAUGCCUUGCUGGUCUCCCGACGGCGAGCUGAUCGCCUUCUCCUCCAACCGCCACUCUCCGAAGGACCCAGAGGUCUUUGGGCUCUACCUGGUGCGGCCGGACGGGGAAGAUCUCCGGCGGGUUCCAGUGGCGGGGCCGGACGGCUCAGAAGAGGCUCGGAGAGAGCGGAGCAACCACGUCUGCUUCAGCCCCAACUCCAAGUGGCUUCUCUUCACGUCGAACAUCACCGGAGUGGUGGCUGAGCCGGUGGGGUUGCCGAACCAUUUUCAGCCCUACGGGGACCUCUUCGCUUGCAGGACGGCAGACGGCGGCGGACUACGGCGGCUGACGUGCAGCAGCUACGAGAACGGCACGCCGACCUGGGGGGAGGAGAGAGAGGACCUUGCGGCGGACGUUGGGCGGCUGCCCUUGUGUGGCGUCGCCUCCGGAGACAAGCUCAGGGGCCAAUUUGUGGAGCCUAUGUGGUUAACUUGUGACCUGUAA